AUGUCUAAACCACGUUCUCCAACCUUUCACCUCGCUGCUGGGACCUCCGAAAGCUUAACCGCAACUCGAAGGCUUCAUGCUACCGCGAAUCACCUCAACCCAGCUGCUGCUGCUCGUUCAGUAAAUUAUCCCAGGUCACAUGAAAAGAUUGCAUCGCCAGAGAACACGAAGCAUUUUAUCGACAACAAAUUCACCGAGUCUCAAGCUGAAGUUUGGAUCGAUUUACAUGAUCCUGCUACGAACAACCUUGUUACUCGGGUUCCGCAAUCAACAGAUGCCGAAUUGAAAGCAGCUGUUGACUCCGCCGAAAAGGCAUUUGCAAAAUGGAAGGCUACAAGUUUGUUAACUAGGCAACAGAUCAUGUUCAAGCUUGUUUCUUUGAUUCGGCGAGACUGGGAUAGGUUAGCAGCAAGCAUCACCUUAGAACAAGGUAAAACUAUGGUUGAUGCAAGGGGGGAUGUCUUGAGGGGUCUACAGGUUGCCGAAACUGCAUGCGGUAUCACUACCCAAUUGACCGGCGAGGUUUUAGAGGUCAGCAAAGACAUGGAAACCAGGAGUUACCGUGAGCCUCUGGGCAUUGUCGCUGCUAUUUGUCCUUUCAAUUUCCCUGCUAUGAUCCCAUUAUGGUGUUUACCUCUGGCUGUUAUAACUGGUAAUUGCAUGAUCAUGAAACCUUCGGAGAGAGAUCCUGGUGCGGCAAUGAUAAUUGCAGAGCUCGCUAGGGAAGCCGGACUUCCUGACGGCGUGUUGAACAUUGUCCACGGUUCAGCAAAGACUGUUGACUUUAUCAUUGACGAGCCUAGAAUAAAGGCUAUUAGCUUUGUUGGAAGUGACAAAGCCGGUCAAUAUAUCUACUCUCGAGGCUCAGAGAAAGGCAAACGUGUGCAAGCCAAUCUUGGAGCUAAGAACCACGCUGCAGUUAUGCCCGAUGCCAAUAAGAAUGCUACUAUUAAUGCAAUUGUUGGUGCUGCUUUUGGUGCUGCAGGUCAACGUUGUAUGGCCCUCUCAACCUUGGUCCUUGUCGGCGAAGCGCAGAGUUGGCUACCAGAAAUAGUGGAGCAGGCGAAAAAGCUUAAGGUUGAUGGCGGUUUUGAAGAUGGUGCCGAUUUAGGUCCCGUCAUUUCUCCACAUUCAAAACAGAGGAUAGAGGGUUUGAUCCAGAGCGCUGUUGACGAAGGAGCAACACUUUUGCUCGAUGGAAGGGGGUACAAACCAUCGAAAUACCCCAACGGAAACUUUAUCGCCCCCACAAUAAUUUCAAAUGUGAAGACCAAUAUGAAGUGCUAUCAAGAGGAAAUAUUCGGACCAGUGCUUGUCUGCUUAAAUGUUGACACAUUAGAGGAUUCUAUUGACCUGAUCAACUCCAAUAAAUACGGAAAUGGGGUAGCAAUCUUCACCAACAGUGGAGCAACAGCAGCACGGUUUCAAAGAGACAUAGAAGCUGGGCAAGUUGGAAUUAACGUCCCAAUCCCAGUCCCUCUUCCAAUGUUCUCGUUCACUGGAAACAAGGGUUCCAUCGCGGGACAAGGAGGGAAUUACUUUUAUGGCAAAGCUGGACUCAACUUUUACACCCAGCUGAAGACUGUUACAUCAUUAUGGAGAAGCGAGGAUGCUAUUGCGACCAAGGCCUCGACUGCCAUGCCCACUCACUCCUAG